AUGAAGGCCCAAAUACUUGUUCGAACGUGGGUCACCGUCUUUGCCUUGAUUCAGGUUCAUGGCUGCAAGGCUGUGCUCGAGUACGCAGCGCCCGCAACGCUCAAAGCCCUCGUGUCGACCGCCCAGAGCAAGGACAACUUGGUCAUUGCUGUCUUUUGUCUGCCUUGGUAUGAACAAUGCAAGGCUCUGGCUCCAGAGCUGGAAAAGGUCAAAGAGGCGCUGCAACCGUGGCCGUCCGCUCAAUUGUUACUCAUCAACUGCGAAGACAAAGUCGAUAUAGAGGAAAGUUCCGGGCUUCCUCGUGAGUAUUGCUUUCGCCGUGACUUCACAGCACUGAUCUUUGCAGCGUUGGAAGCCUUCGGGACGUUAAAAUCGUUGGACGUCCCGCUACUGCUCUUCGUCGUAUCUGAGGACGAAGCUCCUGAGUUGUCGACCGUUAGAGCCCAGGUGGCCGAAAAGCUUCAAGACAAGUUUCUAGUGGCGACCACCACCGACUUGACCCUAGCCGAAGAAGCGGAUAUCCCACCCCCUUUUGUGGUUGUCUGGAACUCCCUGGACGAAGUCAAGCCCAUAUAUCGUGACAAGUUCGAAAUGGGACCGAUUCUCAGGUUUGCAGAGCAGACCUCGACGCCGGUAAUCGGUAGGCUGGACUUGAAAUCGUACAUUGACCACACCCAGUCGAAAUUGCCGAUCGCUUUUAUCCUCGCCGAAACCGACAGAGAGAGAAAGACCAUUGCCGAGUCAUUGAAGCACGUUGCUCUCAAGUACAAAGGAAAGAUCGACUUUGUAACCCUCGAUACAACAAAGCUGCCCUUUUUGCUCGAGCCGCUUGAUGUGGACGCCACACGCCUGCCUGCAUUGGCACUACAUCGUGGUGAUGACGAUGAGGUGUUUGUCUACGACCAGAAUCGUCAGAUCAACAGAAGGGACGUCGAGACUUUUAUACAAAGAACCAUUCAUCGGCCGGUGACGGAACUAUAG